AUGGUAGUGGUCACUGUGAGAAAGGUGGUUAUGGCGGAGCUGCAAAUUGCAGACAAGGAAGACAGACUCUUCCCUCCUCAUGUCAUGUCAAUGUUCAACUUCAAGUUCCCCACUUUACCCAUUGGUCACACACACACUCUCUCUCUCUCUACAACUAUGAAAUUACCCUUUUCUACGCUGUGUAACACUGAGUCCUCUUCUCUUCUCUCUCUCCUCUCUUGAAGCCACUAUACAC